AUGUUUGUCUCGACACUUAGACUUGCGAUUUUCCUGUUUCUCACAACGACUCUUGCUUCCGUGCUGGAGCUGGAUGCAUCCAACUUCAAUGACGUGGUGCUGAACUCAGACAAAAACACGCUGGUGAAGUUCUAUGCCUCGUGGUGCAGUCAUUGUUCCAAGCUAGAACCUGUCUGGGAGGAGUUGGCAACUGCUUACGAAAAAGAGCCAAAUGUACAAAUCGCUCGUAUUAACGCCGACAAACACCAAAAGGUGGGCAAGCAGUAUGGGAUCAAUGGGUACCCGACCAUAAAAUUGUUCAAGAAGGAUGACGUUCAACAUCCAAUAGAGUUUGAGGGCGCAAGAUCUGUGGAGUCCCUCACCAACUUCAUUUCUGCCCACACCGGAGUUAACUCUCCUAGCUCUGCGCCUUCUCUAGUGGCUAAACUAAACGAUUUGAACAUUGAGGAUGUUGUUGAGGGCAAAGAUGCCUUCAUUGCUGUCACAGCAGACUGGUGUGGCCAUUGCAAGAAACUCAAGCCAACUUGGCAGAAACUUGCAGAAAUUUACCAGGGGGACAGCGAUAUUGUUGUCAUUGGACAAGUCCAGGUCACGGAUCCUGAGCCAUCGGAGUGGAUCAAGGAUAAAUUUCAGAUUCGCUCGUUCCCAACCUUGCUCUACAUCAAAAAUGGAGACUUGCAAAAUGCAGAAAUUUAUGAAGCUCCAAGAACUCUUUCUGAAUUCGUUGAGUUUGUCAACGAGCGAGCUGGUACCACAAGAGCCGAGGAUGGCGGCCUUCAUCCGGAUGCUGGCCUACUACACUCCUUGGACGACCUUGUGUCCAAAUUUGUUGGCUCUGCAAAACAAGAGCGCGUGAAGCUAGCUAAUAAAGUGACAGAAGCACUUAACGAUCUCAAAAAAGAAAACAAAUACGCCAAAGAAAUCAGAUAUUACACCAAGCUCAUCAACAGUCUUGUUAACGGCCCUUACGACUUCAUUCCCCGCGAGAUAACAAGACUGGAGAAAAUGCUGAGCGAAAAUCUUGCUCCUGAGGCCAGAGACUCGGCACUUUUCAGACUAAACAUUUUGAGAUACUUCAACAGCUGUAUUACACCAAAUACAUAUAAAUAA